UCAGUGUGAGUCUGACUGUGGGGUGGGGCGGUGUUGUCUUCGCUUCAAGUGUUAAGGCGUUUGUCAUGUGCCGCCUGAUAUUAUAGUGAUAUUAUUUUAGAUGUGACUAAAUAUCGCAUUGGUAUUGAUAUCCUGAUGUAUUUAAUAGUGUAGUUGUGUGCAGUAUCACCGGGCACAGAGCCUUUAGCCUCAUGUUGAAGAGCUUGCGGUCCAUCGACAGGUACACUCGAGAAUUAUUUCAUUCAAGUUCAGAGUCGUAUAAACGACCGCCGUAUAGUACCUUGGGAACUACUUCGGGGCAGGGCGCGACGUACGAUUGGAUUUACCGAGGCUCGGGGGCGACUAUGCCUCCCCUGGUGCGGCCCCACGACCCGACAGCGUCGGCCUACCUCAUGGGGUCUCCCGAUGGCGAGGUCAAGACCAAGCUCAAGUGUGUCUUGGUGGGUGAUGGAUCCGUCGGCAAGACCUCGCUAGUCGUCUCAUACACUACCAAUGGCUAUCCCACAGAAUAUGUCCCAACAGCCUUUGACAACUACAAUGUGGUGGUGAACGUAGACAACCAGCCCAUCAGACUGCAACUGUGCGACACUGCUGGACAGGUGAGAACAGUGCUGGGAAUAGAUGGUGGGAGACGUGUGCAUGACGACAGAUUGAAAAUAUCCCGGCAGUGAGAGAUUCAAAUACUGGCAAGG